CAUACAACGGACGCCCUUCGGUGGCACACCGGCAAGCCACUGGAGGCAGUCUAACACUGGUUCUUGAAACAGUUGUAGUGAUAUGGCAGUAGUGGAGGGGAGCGGGCAGUAACGAAGUCUGCACAGAUACAAAUACUGAAAGUGUGUUUCGUACAAGAGGCAGAUCCGCUGGAUGUGGGUCUUGUCACCGAUGAACCAGAAGAGCUCAGCUGCAGAAUUCAAGACGAGACAAAAAAAGCGCAGCCUCACUGCCUCAGGGCUACCUAUCCUCGGUCUGGCUGGCGUCAAGGUGCGGGUACGAGAGAGUGAGCGCCCACUCGGUCAAACUAUCUUACAAAAUGACACCUCAAUGACUCCGCACCUACCUUGGUAGAGACACAUAGGUUGGGAUGGCGAAGGAAACGAAAGGGAAAGCCGCUUCCCGUCAGCACAGUGCCUCCCACUGGCGGAUGCAGGACAUUGCACAGGAGUCUGUUGACAGCUCAGAUGAGGAGUUUUUCGAUGCCAGAGAUGUGCUGGAGGGGAAGAGUGCCAUCCUCCUGGGGAUGAGCCAGUGGAACUCCAACGACCUGGUGGAGCAGAUUGAGACCCUGGGACACAUGGACCAAUCACAAGGGAGCCUGUAUCGCCUGGGGCGUCCUCGAUGUGUCCCUCAGAGCAGCAUCGACGGGUUAGAGGACAUGGAGACCCAUUGUAAGACCCACGUGUUGCUGCUGGUGAUGCAUGGUGGGAACAUCCUGGAUACGGCAGGGGGAGACCCUGGCACCAAGGCUGGCGAUGCCACCACGCUGUCCUCUGUGCUGGAGAAGGUGGCUCGGGCACACUUCCAGGCCGCAGCAGAACAUGUGAUGAUCAAGCUAGUGGCCUGCCCGGCUGUGUGUGCCGAGGCCUUCUCCCUCGUCUCCAAUCUGAACCCAUACAGCUAUGAUGAGAGCUGUGUGUCCAGCAGCGUUGACCACCUGCCCCUGGCCGCCCUCCCGCUCCUCGCCAUCGCAGCCCCACACUAUCAGGACGCCGUGGCAACCCUCAUCACCCGCGCCAACCAGGCCUACCACAGCUUCCUCGUGUCCCAGGACGGACAGGGCUUCACCGGACAGGUGUGUGUGAUGGGCGACUGUGUGGGAGGUGUGCUGUGCUUCGACGCCCUGUGUUUCAGCAGCAGCAGUAGUAGCAGUCAGAGGCAGCACAGCAGCCCCAGCAGCAGCAGGAACAACAGCACUGAGAGCCUCAAGGAUAACCCUGAGGACAGCCCCUGUCACAGCCCCAGCCUUGGCCUCAGCUCCAGUAAGAGGCUGAGUAAGAGUAACAUUGAUAUCUCGGCCCUGCCCAGCGAUGGACACAACGAGGCCAGACAGCCCCUCAGCAGGAAACAGAGUGACUCGUAUGAUGGAGACACAUCUACUGGACAACACAGCUUCUUCAGCAGUCUGAUGCAGGAGGGGGUGGACCUGCGCCCCGGCAGCAGCAGUAGUCUGAUUUUGAACCCAGGGAGGUUUGACUUUGAGGUCUCUGAAUGUUUCCUGCUGGGCUGUCCACUGGGCCUGGUGCUGGCCAUGAGACGUACAGUACUGCCUGCUGUCCAGGUGAGUCAACUCCGUCCUGCCUGCACCCAGAUCUUCAACCUGUUCUACCCCUCAGACCCCUCUGCCUCCAGACUGGAGCCCCUGCUGGAGCCCCUCUUCCACAAGCUGCCCCCCUUCCCCAUGCCGCGCUACCAGCGCUACCCCCUGGGAGAUGGACGCUGCACACUUAUAGGUGAGUCAGAGGGAAACUGUUAAUCGAAAAUCAAUUAAACUAAGGAGGCAAUAUACCGGUGUAUUCUCUGUUAUAAAUGUAUCGCU